ACAUCGGUUAUUCACCUGAAGAGCACGAGGAUGGACGCAGCAUACAAGAGAGUCAAUGGAAACUACGGGUCAGAGGCAGAGACAGGGGACCAAGGCACAGGGAGGAGAAGGGGCUCCAGCUACCUGGAGGAGGAGACCAGCAUAAAGUCAGAAGUGCUGUCCUGCAUUUUCUCCCUGAAAGAGGAGGUUGGAGCUUUGGCCAAGGCCCUGCGACUCUUUGAGGAGAAGGGCAUCAACCUGACGCACAUCGAGUCCCGUCCAUCGCGGAUGAACCAAGACCAGUACGAGUUCUUCAUCAGCGUGGACUCCACCUGCUCCCAGGCCCUGGACGAGGUCAUCGACGGCCUGCGUACACAAAUCAGCGGCCACGUGCAUGAGCUGUCACGCAACAAAGAGAAGGACACGGUGCCAUGGUUCCCUAAUGACAUCCAGGACUUGGACCGCUUCGCCAACCAGAUUCUCAGUUAUGGUUCUGAGCUGGAUGCUGAUCACCCGGGCUUCACAGAUCAAGUGUACAGAGUCCGCAGGAAGGAGUUUGCUGACAUCGCCUACAACUACAGACAUGGCCAAACCAUCCCCCGGGUGGAGUACACGGAGGCAGAAAGGGCCACAUGGGGCAAGGUGUUCAAGGAGCUGAAGACUCUGUACCCGACUCACGCCUGCCGCGAACACAACCGGGUCUUCCCCCUGCUGGAGAAAUACUGCGGCUACAGGCAGGACAACAUCCCACAGCUGGAGGACGUCUCUCGCUUCCUGCAGUCGUGCACAGGCUUCCGGCUUCGCCCGGUGGCCGGCCUCCUCUCGUCCCGGGACUUCCUGGCCGGACUCGCCUUCCGAGUCUUUCAUUCCACGCAGUACAUUCGUCACGGCUCCAAGCCCACGUACACACCUGAGCCGGAUAUCUGCCACGAGCUCCUGGGACAUGUUCCUCUGUUCGCUGACCCUAGUUUUGCCCAAUUCUCACAGGAAAUCGGUCUUGCCUCCCUUGGUGCCCCGGAUGAGUACAUUGAGAAACUUGCUACUGUGUACUGGUUCACUGUGGAGUUUGGCCUGUGUAAGCAGGGCUCAGAGAUCAAAGCUUACGGAGCUGGCUUGCUUUCAUCGUUUGGAGAGCUGCAGUACUCCUUGACAGACAAGCCCACACUCCUGCCCUUCCACCCCGACAAGACCAGCCUGCAGAAAUACCCAAUCACAGAGUACCAGCCUGUUUACUUUGUCGCCGAGAGCUUCGAAGACGCCAAAGAGAAAGUCAGGAAAUUUGCAGCCACCAUCCCCAGGCCUUUCACAGUGCGCUACAAUCCCUACACCCAGAGUAUUGAAGUGCUGGACAACACCCAGCAGCUCAGGAACCUGGCUGACAGCAUCAAUAGUGAAAUGGGGAAAUUGUGCGAAGCCCUGCGGAAACUGGAGUAACUGCACGUGAAAUCUGAGCCGAGUCUCCUCAGUGGAACAAUCCACCCGCGUCUCUGCUUCGCAUGCAUGCAAAUAAGCUUUCAUGUAUUAAAACAAAUAUGCAAGUCAAAUAAUGACAAUAUUACUGUAGUCUAAUCAGUAUUUUAGCGAAGUGAAUAAAGUGUAGCCUGUUACUCGUGUAGAAGAACAAGGAAUGUGUGAAAAUGUUACUGUCAAUAUUACAUAAGAGGCGUUUGUCAAUCAUUAUCUCUUUAGUGUUCAAUGAAUUUAAAACUCAGUAUGUAAACAUGAGACUUUGCCUCUAAUAUGAUGCAAAACAGCUAAAAAUAAUCAGAUUUUUGUGCAUUUUAAACCUAACAGCAUACUGAGAGAUAAUUUUUGUGUUAGCUUUCAUUUUGCUUGGCUAAAAGAAAUGUUUUGUACA